CGGCGACUUCCGCUUCCGGCGGCGGUUGCCAGGCGUCGGGCAGCAUGAGGCCCCUCACGGAGGAGGAGACCCGGACCAUGUUCCAAAAGCUCGCCAAAUACAUCGGGGAGAACAUUCAGCUCCUCGUGGACCGACCCGACGGCACCUACUGCUUCCGCCUGCACAACGAGCGCGUCUACUAUGUCAGUGAGAAAAUUCUGAAAUUGGCCACCAACAUCUCCGGGGAUAAGCUGGUGUCGCUGGGGACCUGCUUUGGGAAGUUCACCAAGACCCAGAAGUUCCGGCUGCACAUCACAGCGCUGGAUUACCUCGCUCCCUACGCGAAGUAUAAGGUGUGGGUGAAACCUGGUGCAGAACAGUCCUUUCUCUAUGGGAACCACAUACUGAAGUCUGGCCUGGGUCGCAUCACAGAGAACACUGCUCAGUACCAGGGACUGGUGGUGUAUUCCAUGGCAGAUGUCCCUCUGGGUUUUGGAGUGGCAGCCAAGUCUACCCAGGAAUGCCGGAAAGUGGAUCCUCUGGCAAUCGUGGUGUUUCACCAAGCCGACAUUGGGGAUGGCGAUUCCAGGGAUUGGAAGAACACUUCUGGAGCUCUCACGUUCUCUCCGGGCAGAGGAACUUCCACCACCUCAGGAGCUGCAGAGGUAGGAGAUAGUAUCAUUUCAGGUCAAACCAGAUGGGAGAGGACAUUUCAGCAAGAAAGUUAUCCAGUCCAAACUGUCCUUUUGGCAGGAGGAGCCCUGAAACCCACCUCGUAACUGAAGAAGAAGUAUCCGGUUCGAAGGGCAAACUGCCAGAAGCAUUCUGUUCCACCCGGUGGGAUCAUGAUGGCAAAAUCACAGCGAUCGGCUCCUUGGAAGAGUGACGGGUCACGGAGGGGCUCUGACCCCUGACCCCUAGCAGAGGUCACUAGAUUCAGGGGCACCAACAAAGCCCCCAAGAGCCAAGAGAACAUGCUGUUGCCUUGGGAAUCCAGGUGCUCUGCCUUGGGCAAAGCAGAGACCAACCAGUUCAGCCGACUGUGGAGUAAUAAUUAACUACUCGUAACUUCUCCGCCAA